AUGAUGGAGAACCUGGCAGCAGAGGACUUGACAGAAAGCAGGCAGGUCGAGCGGCUAGAGUCUCAAGCUCAGGAUACUUCAAGCGAGGGGGUUGCAGUGCCUGUGGGUGUGUGUGCAUCUGCAAGCACUAUCGUUGGUACACCUAGGCCCGAAGGUUCUACCGCACAUAGUGACUCAUCACAAUCCAGACUAGGUCUCGUGUACACAGAGAUAUGCAGAAGCCUGGCACCCGGCUCGAGUACACGACGCUUUCGCCCUGUGUCUGCCCAUGUUGUGUUCUACGACUGUCGAUCGGCCCUUUUCUACACCUCCAGCCAAUGCCCGCAUUAUUCUGGCAUCUUCCACAGCUUCAAAGGAGACACACCCUGGCCGUUGUUCAUCCUCCGCGGGCGCACCUUUCAACUAUGCGGAGAUUGCCAGAUGCACGACAGCAAACAAGAUACGGAACCGAUCAGGUCGAAAAUGCACCUUGCUUUCCGUCUCCACCGGUCGCUCUGCGCUAACGACCCUCCCUUCAGAGAAACCAGGUUAGGCUACAUCCUCACUCUCGGUAUCUGGAGCACGCUGGCAACGAUCUUCCAGCAAGCUUCGGCGGCAUCCAUCUAG